CCAAGCACAAGCAGUGCAAACUGCCAAGGCGCAAGGAGCAAAACCCAAGGUGGGGGAAGCACGGAUGGAUCCCAACGACGCCUUCUCGGCGGCGCACCCGUUCCGGUGGGACCUCGGCCCCCCGGCGCACGCCGCGCCACCGCCUCCUCAGCCGGCGCCGCCGCUGCCGCUCGCGCCGCCGGUUGGUGCGCCGAGGGAGCUGGAGGACCUCGUGGUGGGGUACGGCGUGCGCCCGUCGACGGUGGCGCGGAUCUCGGAGCUCGGGUUCACGGCGAGCACGCUACUGGGCAUGACGGAGCGGGAGCUCGACGACAUGAUGGCCGCGCUCGCGGGGCUCUUCCGCUGGGACGUGCUGCUCGGCGAGCGGUUCGGCCUCCGCGCCGCGCUGCGCGCCGAGCGCGGCCGCGUCAUGUCCCUCGGCGGCCGCUUCCACGCCGGGAGCACCUUGGACGCCGCCUCACAGGAAGUGCUGUCCGACGAGCGGGACGCGGCGGGCAGCGGCGGCGUGGCGGACGACGCCGGCAGGAGGAUAGUGACCGGCAAGAAGCAGGCGAAGAAAGGCGCCGCCGCUGCGAGGAAGGGCAAGAAGGCGAGGAGGAAGAAGGAGCUGAGGCCGCUGGACGUACUCGGGGACGAGAACGACGGCGACGAGGACGGCGGCGGCGGGUCGGAGUCGACGGAGUCGUCCGCGGGCGGCGGCGGCGGCGGCGGGGAGAGGCAGCGGGAGCACCCGUUCGUGGUGACGGAGCCCGGCGAGGUGGCGCGGGCGAAGAAGAAUGGGCUGGACUACCUGUUCCACCUGUACGAGCAGUGCCGCGUCUUCCUGCUGCAGGUGCAGUCCAUUGCUAAGCUCGGCGGCCAUAAGGCCCCAACCAAGGUGACGAACCAGGUGUUCCGGUACGCGAAGAAGUGCGGGGCGAGCUACAUCAACAAGCCCAAGAUGCGGCACUACGUGCACUGCUACGCGCUGCACUGCCUGGACGAGGAGGCCUCCAACGCGCUGCGCCGGGCGUACAAGGCCCGCGGCGAGAACGUCGGGGCGUGGCGCCAGGCCUGCUACGCGCCGCUCGUCGAGAUCGCCGCGCGCCACGGGUUCGACGUCGACGCCGUCUUCGCCGCGCACCCGCGCCUCGCCAUCUGGUACGUGCCCACCAGGCUGCGCCAGCUCUGCCACCAGGCGCGCGGGGGCCAGCACGCCGCCGCCGGGCUCCCGCCGCCCCCGAUGUUCUAGGCCAGUUGGAUGAUGGAUGGUCCUCGUCGAUCGAGAAUGGAUGGAUGUGUGUGCUUUCUCUGAUGUUGUCACUCGUUUGCUGUGUUCUGGGCUAGUUUGGUAGGAAUGGGCUUAGCAAAUCAAAAAAAGAAGGGGGAGUGGGCUUAGAAGGUGACACUACUUUGUUGGGCCUCUGCAGGAGAGAUAACUACUGUUUGGAUGCCCCACUUGUUGGGCCUAUGUUGCAUUGUACCUUAUCCUGGUGAUCGAUCACGGUUUUUUUAAAAAAGUUGUGCUCUCAAUGUGUUA